AUGGCCGCGCAAUCUUCCAAUCCCAACAAGCAAUAUCUAUCGCGCAAUCAGCAGGACCUCCUCUACGCUGCGCUGAACUCGCAAGCUGGAGGCCCAGAGCACCCAAUCAAGCGAUCGGAUUCAGACUCAGACAAACUGACAAUGAGCGUCGUCAAUGGAAAUGCGCUCUUCAUGAGCCCGCAGCACGCGGAAUUGGACAACUUCGACGUGGAUCUUGAUUACACACCCGACAUGGACUUCCUGGACGGAGAUAGCGGCUUUGACUUUGAAACCGCUGAUCUUGGUGGUGAGAUGAUUGGUGCGCUGCCGGGUCGUAGCGAAGGCAGCGAGGACGCACGCACAACCACCGCAGACGGUCACGAGAAACGAAAAAGCCCCGAUGAGGCCGGAGAUAACGAGGAGGGCGAUGCCAAGAGACAGGAGACCCAAGAAGGAGAAAAGGGCGGUGCGAAGAAGCCUGGUAGGAAGCCGCUCACAAGUGAACCCACAACGAAACGUAAAGCGCAGAACAGAGCAGCCCAACGCGCCUUCCGUGAACGCAAGGAGAAGCAUUUGAAGGACCUGGAGACCAAGGUUACGGAGCUGUCAAAGUCCCAAGAGGCGGACAAGCACGAGAAUGGACUGUUAAAAGCGCAAGUCGAGCGCCUUCAGGCUGAGCUGCGAGAGUACAGAAAGCGUCUUUCGCUCAACAGCGCCAGCGUCAACCGUUCGCCGAUACUUCCGGCAACGGGAGGUCAGCAGCGGAGUAGCAGUGCCUCCUCAUAUGGCGGCAACUUUCACUUUGAUUUCCCCACGUUCGGAGGCCUCCCUGGAAGUCAGAUGUUUGGCAAACAGGGAGUCUCCAGCGGUCCAAGUCCCACCUCCAACGCCUCUGACAUUACACAUCCACAAGAACGACGCGGAACUCAAAACAGUCGCAGUCUCAGUCCACAAAACCAACAAGCCACCAGCUCCAGUGCAGGCACUCCAGCAGGUAAACUCGAUUCGACAUUUGCACCGUAUAGUACCAACAGCAACAUGCAUGGCUUUGCCAAUACGUUGCCACAGAUGAACGGUUCGAGCGACCCCUUUGGCGACCUCUUUAGCCCAGGUCUUCUGAAGAAUGCCAAUCAAGACAACUACUUUGAGACUUCUCAGGUGGCGAACGCCGCGUCCGCAGUGCAGUCGAACGCAGGCGACACCGCUGGCGGCGACAGUAAUGCUGGCCUCAACCGCGUCUUUCAGUUCAAUGGAGGGAGCAACGCUAGUGAUAGCACAUCUCCCAGUAACAGCAGUGGCUGGAAUGUCAACACGGGUAACAGCUCGUGCGGAACCUCACCUGCGCCAUCUCACGACAGCCCAGCCAACAAGGAUAAGAAUAUCGACUCUUUCGUCCAAAAACAACACCCCGGCAGCGCGACAUUUGCCACCACCGAUCUGCAGAACGGAGUCGAUCCUUCGUUCUCUGGAUAUAGCGCGCCAUCGCUCGGUAGCUUCGACCCAGUCUUGUUUGGCGACUACCGAGAAAGUAACGAUGCUAUCGUGGGAGGUGGGAACUUUACAGGUGGAUUCUUCGACGAUGCUCUUAUGUCCGCGCCUUUCGACUUCAACUCGCCCAGCAAUUUGUUCGGUAUUCUGCAAUCACCACAGCAAAGCAAUGCUGUCAUUGGCAAUGGAGCAAAUGCGUCCACUCCGAGCCGGAACCUCAUUGCUGAGGUUGAAAAGACACGAGAUGGAGGGGAUGAUGAUGCACGAGUGUCUGCCAAGAGGGAAGGCUCUGGCCAGAUGAUCAGCUGCAACAACAUAUGGACCGAGUUGCAGACUAAUAAAGACUUCGUUGACGGCAAAUUUGACCUCGACAGUCUCUGUCAGGAGCUGCGUACCAAAGCGAAAUGCUCCGAGUCGGGAAUGACCAUACCCAAAGAACACGUAGAUGCUGCUCUGCGGAGAUUAGGCCAGAAGGAAACGUCUCGGGAGCAGUCAGCGCUGAUGUUCGAGCAGAACAGCUGGGACAAUGUCUUGAAGAAGCUCCAAGAGGGCAAAUCGUAG